CUCGUGAUGGCGUUGCGAUCACAUUGUUAUACUGGGUCGCAACACUUUAUAUUUAUUAAACCCACGAAGCCUAUAUACAAACUUCGUUACUGAACUAUAGUAAUGCUUGUGUGUGUGAUUCUAAAAAGAAAAAUUUCUUAAGUAUAAGUAAAUAUAAUAUAUAUGUACCGUGAAAGACCAAAAUUGGAUAAUGUAAAGAUUCACAUAGUGAAUAUCAACACAUACCAAAUACGUCGGUGAAAGACCGAAUAUUUGGGUAUAUUCUUAUACAUCCGGACCAUUACCGAUGUAUGUUGACAAACACAGAUAUGCUUUGGUGGAGGUUGAAACAAGCACGCAGCAUCUGUUUGUUAUACUCUGGAACAUUGUUAUUUGUCAAUCUUAUGCAAGGUUUGCUGGUAGGUGCAACGUUUAUUGAAAUUUUAUUUUUUUACCCGAUACCCUAAUUUAUAUUGAAUGGAUACUGCAGUGAACCGUGAUCUUUUUUUUGAAAAGUUACAUGCAUUAAUUGCAAGUAAACGAGAAGACAAUUGUUUUUAUUUUUCUCAAGAAAAGUAUUCUAAAAUACUUUCUGAAGUGAUUUCUGCUAAAACUAAGUGCAGCACACCUUUGGAUUAUAGACGAUUAAAACGUUUUGACGUUAUAAAAAUUAACAGUAAAAAGAAAUUAAUUGUACCAUUAAAAUUAGGAGAAACAAAUAUACAGUAUUAUGUUACCAAUGAUGAAUUGUUUAGUAUACUAUCUGAAACUCACACCAGAACUGGCCAUGGAGGAAGAACACGUAUGCUUAAAGAAUUGCAAGUUAAAUACAAAAAUAUUACAUAUGAAGUUGUAAUGUUGUAUUUAAAUUUAUGUAAACAAUGUCAGAUGAAACAAAGCACACCUAAAAAAGGUAUUGUUGCGAAACCAAUAAUCAGUUCGGAAUUAAAUUCAAGAUGUCAAGUCGAUCUGAUAGACCUGCAGUCACACAAGGAUGGCGAAUAUAAGUUCAUAAUGGUAUAUCAAGAUAAUUUAACGAAGUUUGUCCAGCUACGACCUUUGAAAACUAAAAUAGCUAAAGAAGUAGCAUAUCAUCUUCUUCAAAUAUUUUUAACAUUCGGUGCCCCAGCUAUAUUGCAAUCAGAUAAUGGUAGGGAGUUCUGUAAUCAAGUUAUAUCCGAACUAUGCGCUAUGUGGAAAGAUGUUAAGAUAGUUCAUGGAAAGUCUUGUUAUAGUCAAACACAAGGCUCAACUGAAAGGACCAAUCAGGAUAUACAGAAUAUGUUAACUGCAUGGAUGAACGAUAAUGACACAAAUAAAUGGUCAGAUGGUUUGUCUUUUGUUCAGUUUACCAAGAACACUACAUACCACGAAGGAAUACGUCAAAGUCCAUAUGAAGCCAUGUUUGGUGUUAAACCAAAAAGAGGCAUAGCAUCGUCAUCUUUGCCUGACGAACAAAUUGCAAAUAUUGAAACCGAAGAACAACUCGAAGAAAUGGUUAAUUCUUUGGAAGAAAAUUUGAGUAGUAGCCAUACUGAAAAUCAUAUUUCAAAAGAAAAUAUUGAAAAGGAGUUGCAACCCGCCAUGUCCUCAUAUCAAGCCCUGACUGAACAACAUGAGUUUAUUUCUAUAAAAAGAGCUGCAGCGAAAGAAAAUCUAUUACUGCAAGCAACGAAAAUGUUACGAACCUCAAAAGGAAAAUUUCCUUCUCCUCAAAUUGGUGAUACCUCCUGUUCAAUUGGUGAAUUAUUGUGGGAAUAGAAGAUUCCUACUUUUAUAUAUUAGUAAAUAAAAAAGGUAUCCUCAAGCAGGUUUAUACCCGUAAUCAGUUUGUAACUUGUAAAGAAAAGUUAUUUUCCACAAAUAAAAUUUCUUCUCAAGAAAUGUCGCUGUGAGAAGCAGCUGCAAUUAGUGUUUUAUGUGUUCCAUAACCAAAUGCAGUUGUAAUAGCAAGGGACUCAUGUGCAAUUCAAAGUGUCAUAACAAUAUAAGUUGUUGCAAUAAAUAAGAUUAUCAAUCACAUAAUUAAGCCCUUGCGCUAUUUUCACGAUGAUCACGAAGAUGAAAAUUUUAGGCCAAACAUGGAUAUCACGAGUCAGGCUUGUAAUCGACAUUUCGGGCCAAACAUGAAUAUCACAAGCCGUACUCGUUGGUCCUAUUGUCAGUCGUAAGAUAUCGUGUUUAAAGUUCCGACACUCGGGUUCUGCCAUUUCGACUGUUUUUGCGACCAUUCGCGUGCAUAGGUUAGGCACGGCUUAUUCCGAAUUUCAGUGUAGUGCAAGGGGUUAAGUAACUUUAUUAUUGGGAUUAUUUUCUUUUUAAGUUCAACAGUUUAUUUACAUUUGUUGUUACUUAAGUUUUCUUCUAUUUUGAUAUAUAUUAUAAUAAGUUUUAAUAAUAAAGUAUUAUUUAAAAACGUAACAAAAAUAUUUUUAUUCAACACUCACUGUCAGUGCAUGGUGACUGUCGACAUUUGCCAGGGUAAAUCAAAAAUAAGGAUAUUUAGUAAAUAUUUCAGCCAUACACCAAGCGACUAUAUGAACCUUGAUAUUUUCCAAUUUCGGCAUUUAACGGUAACGCAUAUAUAUAAAAGCAGAGCAGUUUUCCUAUGUAUAGGAGGGCCAAAGCAUAUUUGUGCUUAUCAAAAUAUACCAGUAAUGGCCUGGCCUAAAUGUAUAAAAAUAUACCAAAAUAUUUGAUCUUUCACCGACGUAUUUGGAAUGUGUUGACAUUCAUCGUGUGAAUCUUCAUAUUCUCCAAUUUCGAUCUUUCAAGAUGUUCAUAGAGAUUUCCACGGAAAUUUGUAUUUUUCGUUCUCUAUCGUAACGAAAGAUACACAGGUUUAGAAUGAAAUGUUCUUUAUCUGUAUGAGUUGUUUUGGGGGGAGGCGUUGCGUAUGGUUGUGUGUGUCUGUGCCCGAGAAUGUAUUCUUUUCAACGUUGUUUAAAUAGUAAUUAGAUAUUCUAUAGACUAUCAAAGUGUUAUGUUCAAUGCUUAGGAAAAAUAUAUAUAAUUUAUAAAUAUGUAGAUGUUGAAUAUCUACAUUUAGAGGUCCGAAUAUAUCAAAUACAAAGAGAGAAAUAAACAUCGGACUAAAUUAAAUUUACAAUUAGAUACAUAAUUAUGUUAUCGGUAUUAUCACCAAUAAUACAGCGUAUUCAUUUACUUUUAAACAAUUUAACUAU